AUGUUCUCCAAGUCUAUCUUCGUUUUCGCGUUCCUCGCCGUCGCCAAAUUGGCCGUCGCGACGCCUCCCGCGUGUCUCCUCGGCGCUAUAGCGACUCAGGACGACCCGUCCAAGGUUAGCGACAUCUGCAAGAAUGGCAAGAUGAGCGGCUACAUUAGCAGCGCAUGCGGCGACCAGACCCAACAGGCCCUGAGCGCCUACUCUGAUGUUUGCAAAGAAGCUGGCGUCAAAGUCGCCACAACAUCCAUAUUAAUGGAAAGCCUGCCACCAGCCACCUCCUCGUCCUCGUCCUCGUCCUCGGCCUCCUCAAGCUCGCACUCAGGAUCCUCCAAGACUAACUCCGGAACAGCGACCUCCGUCUCGGCUUCUUCCUCCUCUGCCAGCGCCACCGGCAAGUCCACCGCAACCCACUCCGCCAAAUCCGCCUCCAUCACCGAGCACGCCUCCACCUCGCUCGUCGUCUACACCUCGGCCUCCUUCGACUCGGCCUGCUCCUGCACCAAGACUGCUGCGAUCACGAGCACCGAGGUCUCGGGCCCCACGGGCCUUGCGACCGUGGCGACCGGCACCGCGACUGGGACAGGUGUGCCGCAGAGCACGGGUGCGGCGGGACGGCUGGAGAUGGGUGCGUUUGCGGCGGUUGCCGGGGUGGUGGCCGGUGUGUUUGCUGUGUUGUAGAUUGAGAGCGGGUGAUAGUGGCGUGGUGAGAGAAAGGGGUAGAAUGUGGAUGUUGAGCUGGAGCUCUGGAUCACAUUUCCUAACGGUUUUUGGGGGGAGCGGAGUUGUGCGAAUUAGAGAAGUGGAGUUGUGCAGAGAUGGUAGAGAGACACGGUUAUUGAAUCGCAGCUGGAUUGGGCACAUGAACCUAACACUAGCCACGGAAUCCACUCGCACUUGUGCGAUAUUGUACACUACAUCAAGCAUGCGGUUUUUUCUCGACUUUAGAACUGUGUGGAUGCCUCGUUGAUGACUUGAUCCUAUCCCCAACGCCUCGUCAUAAAAAUCCGUACAGUCUCCUACUAGUGCUUGCGGUACCUCAUGGUAUUUUCAGAGUUCUAAAUAAAGGGAGGUUUGCCAUUUCAGAUAGCUAGUAAACUCGCGAGGCCACCUCAGACAGUGCUAGAGAGGUUUACACAGACUUCAAGUGUAAAUUAAUGCCCUAGGUUUCU